CCAAGGGGGUGGAGAAUGCAAGCCCGGGCCGGAAGGGUUUAAACCGCGCGCCGGCGCGGGCGGCGGAAAAGAGGGCGCGAACCCGUGGGUUGCUGUAAUUUCAGGAACGAGUUCGGCUGUAGCUCCCCUCUGGAAGUGUCAGGCCUCUAAGAAAAAGGUCUGUGUUGAACGAGGAGAAGGUAACUAGGAUUUUGGCUGUCAGUAGCAGAUUCUGGGAUUGUGCCUCUGAACACCUGCAGAACAGCUCAUGUUCCUUACGUGGCUCAGCAUCUGAAGUAUGUCUCAGGAAGGUGAUUAUGGGAAGUGGACGAUAUCCAGUAGUGAUGAAAGUGAGGAGGAAAAGCCAAAACUAGACAAGCCAUCUACUUCUUCCCUCCCCGGUGCUGGGCAGGAAGCGGCAAGUGAACCAAGAUACACCUGUUCUGAGGCUAGGAAAGUGGCCCAUAAAAGGAAAUUAUCACCUGUGAAGUUCAGCAACACAGAUUCACAAGUUUCACCUCCCAAAAGGCAGAAGAGUGGUUCCCAAGAAGACCUAGGCUGGUGUCUCUCUAGCAGCGACGAUGAGCUGCAGCUGGGAACACAGCAGAAGCAGGCUAAGAACAUGGUGGUCAAAGAGGAGAGCGGCAUCUCUUCUCCCCAAGACGGUGCUGCCCAAAGAACUGCAAAUCACAGCCCUCCUGCCCUCCAUGGACUAAAAGAGGAGGAAGAGGACUAUGAAACCUCAGGGGAAGGCCAAGACAUUUGGGACAUGUUGGAAAAAGGGAACCCUUUCCGAUUUUACCUCACUAGAGUCUCGGGAAUUAAGCCAAAGUAUAACUCCGGAGCCCUCCACAUCAAGGAUAUCCUGUCGCCCCUAUUUGGGACACUUGUAUCUUCAGCUCAGUUUAACUACUGCUUUGACGUGGACUGGCUCAUAAAACAGUACCCACCAGAGUUCAGGAAGAAACCGAUCCUGCUUGUGCAUGGAGAUAAACGAGAAGCCAAAGCUCACUUACAUGCCCAGGCCAAGCCGUAUGAAAACAUUUCCCUCUGCCAGGCAAAGUUGGAUAUUGCAUUUGGAACACACCACACGAAAAUGAUGUUACUGCUGUAUGAAGAAGGCCUCCGGGUUGUCAUACACACCUCCAACCUCAUCCAUGCUGACUGGCACCAGAAAACUCAGGGAAUAUGGUUGAGCCCCUUAUACCCACAAAUUAUCCAUGGAACCCACAGAUCUGGAGAAUCAACAACACAUUUUAAAGCCGAUCUCAUCAGCUACUUGACGGCUUAUAAUGCUCCUUCACUCAAGGAGUGGAUAGAUACCAUCCACAAACAUGAUCUGUCUGAAACCAAUGUUUAUCUUAUUGGAUCAACCCCAGGACGCUUUCAAGGAAGUCAAAAAGAUAAUUGGGGACAUUUUAGACUUAGAAAGCUACUGAAAGAGCAUGCCUCUCCUAAAGGGGAGUCCUGGCCCAUAGUAGGGCAGUUCUCAAGCAUUGGGUCUAUGGGAGCUGAUGACUCAAAAUGGUUGUGUUCUGAGUUUAAAGAAAGCUUGGUGACGCUGGGGAAGGAAAGUCGGACCCCAGGAAGAAGUGCCGUCCGUCUUCAUCUGAUCUAUCCUUCUGUGGAAAAUGUGCGAACCAGCUUAGAAGGAUAUCCAGCUGGGGGCUCUCUUCCCUAUAGCAUCCAGACAGCCGAAAAACAGAAUUGGCUCCAUUCCUAUUUUCACAAAUGGUCGGCUGACACAUCUGGCCGCAGCAAUGCUAUGCCACAUAUUAAAACAUAUAUGAGACCCUCUCCAGACUUCAGUCAAAUUGCUUGGUUCCUUGUCACAAGCGCGAAUUUGUCCAAGGCUGCCUGGGGGGCGUUAGAGAAGAACGGCACCCAGCUGAUGAUCCGAUCCUAUGAGCUUGGGGUCCUUUUCCUGCCAUCAGCAUUUGGCCUGGACAGCUUCAAAGUAAAAGAGAAAUUCUUCUCAGGGAGCAAGGAGCCAGUGGCCGCCUUUCCUGUGCCAUUUGACCUGCCUCCAGAACUAUAUGGAAGUAAAGAUCGGCCAUGGAUUUGGAACAUUCCUUAUACCAAAGCACCAGAUACACAUGGGAAUAUGUGGGUUCCCUCCUGAGAAUCUUAAAGCACUAUGAAAUUUAGGUGCAAGACAUCAAGCCCCAAAUAAUGAA